UCCAUAUACAUGAAUACAUUUUCCCUUUUUUAUUUGUCGCAGCAGUAACAAGACAAAGAGCAACGGGGGAGUCCAGAAUUUUCAUCUCUUUGGCUCUCAGCUUUUUAUCUCUGUGACAAAAUGUGAUUCUGCUACGCGAAGGGAAACAAUUGAGAAGCAAUUUCUGCAAAUCUAUUUAUAACCCUAAAGCGACAACAAAUAUAUAAUUUAUGACUAGCAUUCGAUUAGUAUUCAAAAUACGCGCUAAUAACACAAUUGAUAUCCAGCAAAAGCUCGAGGGUAAGAUCGAUUUAGUUUUAUAUUACAAAAAUGAAACUAAAUUAAGUUAUUACAUAUACAUACAUUUAUUUUUAAAUUAGAUAGUUAUUCAUAGCCUAAUUUACUAUUUUAACUUUAUUGUUAAAUAUUUAUAAAUGCUAUUUAAUAGAAUUCCGUCAAAUAUAUUUCAAUUUUGAAUCGCUAUGAAAUCGAAACGAUUCUUACGCUAUCUACGGAAAGCUGACUAAGUAUCGAUACUUUUCUAUCGGUAACCGGGGAGUUUUACGUUCAGUGCGCUAAUUGUUAGCUGAGCGGCGCGCGAUUCAAUUCUGUUAAAAUGGACGUCGAAGAUUUGCACUGUCUGCAACAAAUAGUUCCUUUGCCUUAUGAAGCGCUGGUAACGUUAGAAAAAUGACCAACAAAGCGGGCAAAGAUCCAAGUGACGAUUGAAGAUCCGCCAAGCAAAAGGUGGCGACAUGGCAAAGUGGAAAAUGUGAAUGAGAGCCGGCGCAGGAUUUGGGUGAAUGAGGAGAAUCUGAAUCGCGAUUUUGAUUACCUGUUUGCCAAGAUCUUUUACAAUGCAACCAACCAUGGGGAAUUCCGUACUCGAACCGGCUUGGUUGGGGAGCAAUUGAAUAAGAACUCCAUACACCGGCCCAUAGAUCCUGAAUGCCGGCUCUUCCUAACGCCAGUCGCAGAGCGUGUGGUCGAUCUGUCGAACGCCUUCAAAAUGAGCUGCUCCACAGUGCCUGCCACUAUCCAGGAUAUGAGCGAAGUGCUGUGCAAUACGCUAUCACCCGCCUUUAUGCCACAUCCCAGCGUCUCGGAUUGGCGCAAAAUUGUUGCAGGACAUAAGGGGCUGUGGCACGUGCCGCACUGCUUGGGUGCCGUAGAUGCGAAGCUACUGGAAGUCUCGCACAAGAACGAAAAUGAUAUUGUCUUGAUGGCUAGCUGCGAUGCCAAGCUGAACUUCACAAUUAUAAACGACGAGAACUAUUGCUCUUUGGAGGGUGUGACAGUGUGCGCGCCCAAACGCCAAGUGCCCAGGGAUUGGCUCUCCAGCACGCAGCAGCUAUUAUCUGGUUGUCCAGCAACGGUUGAGUUGCGUGAGAGCUUAAAAUCUAUAUUAAGCCGUUAACGGGAAUCUAGAUUAGUCGACUAUUGCUGGAGAGAGUCUUCUCCAUUUCUAUUUCAUUAUAUUCAACGAUAUUUUCAGUUCAGUACCUAAAGGAAGUGCCCUCACAUACUCAUACUUAUGGAAGUCAUUUGAUUUGUUGGCAAGCAUUAUUCUGUUUUCAAUUCAAAUUACUGUACCCUAUAUCUGUAUAUAGCCCAUAUAUUUCUCUGUACCUGACAAUCGAAUGUGCUGCUAUCUAAUCUGUUUAUUUCAAAUAGCCAGUCGAUUUAUUGGUAAAUGUCUGCCUUUGCCUAAAGCAUAUCAAACUCUUCAACGUAUAUGUAUGCAUAUAUAUUACAAUCACAUCCAUCUGUAUGCACGUUUACAAUCCAUGUGAACUUUGAGUAAACAUCAGAAAUUCGUUAUUUAAUGAUUUACUUUAAGGGAAAACUUUUAUUGACUUUUAUAAUUGCUUAUUAGCAGAAACAAUACGUGGGUAAGAAAUUCAUUUUUAAACGUAAAAAAGAUCAAAUCAUAAUAUAUAAAUAUAGAUAUAUAUAUAGGUG